AUGCCACCAGCCGGCCAGGCCCCAUCCAAACGGCAGCUUGCCUUGAGCUGGCGCGAUGAGGACAUUAUUUCCGCCUGGACGCAGACACCCCAAUUGAAACCUGACGGCAGUGCUGUGACGGGCUUCGGUUUCCCCCCACAGCAACCCAUCGCUCACGUCAAGGUCGGCUUACCACAUAUACUUCAGCCAGAACUGCGGAACCAUGAGUAUGUAUUGAAAGCUCUAAGGAACAUGCCACCAGAGCAGACAAGAGGAAUUCGCAUCCCUGAGGUCUACCGCACACUCCAGAGCGGCGACUGGUUCUAUAUUAUCAUGGAAUACAUCCCUGGAAAGACGCUGCAACAGUUGGCAGACCAGAGGGACUGGGGUGAAUCCCAACAAAAAGCUCUAACCAACAGUAUUGCAAGGGCUAUGAGGCUGCUUAUGUCAAUAGCAGUGCCUGCAGGGCAAACGCCUGGCCCUGUUGGUGGUGGUCAAAUCCGGCAUCCCCUGUUUAAGGAUGACAGUUCGUUUUGCAAUUACUUAUCAGUUGACGAGCUUGAGAAGCAUUUGAACGAUGCUGCCACCCUCAGAGAUAAGACGGCCCCGACUGUAAGCCUUGAGAGGAGCCUAUGUUUCUAUUAUAGUGACUUCUACGCCAGCAACUUUAUCUUUACUGAUUCUGGCGACGUUUGUAUUAUCGACUUUGACCAGGCCGGGUUUUUGCCUCCCAGCUUCAUGUCCUUUGCCCUGGCCGAAAGCCAUUGGGCACCCGGGCGUUGGGUCAAGGAGGUACUAAAGCUCCCUGAGCACAACCUUCCGGCUAUGAAACAUAUUCAUUACUUUUUUAUGAUAGGCGGUUCUUCAUUUGCCAUGAACAUGUUAUAUACAUGGGGCAGCGGCGAUGAGAUCCGAGAAGGAAAAGAAAACGGCCGUGGUGGCGAUGUUACAUAG